AUGUGCACUGACAGCAGGAUUGUCUAUAUUUGGCUGUAGUGUGUAUGUGUGUGUGUGUGUUGCAGAAGUUGUCUUGGUUCACGUGAAGGGCUCUCACCAUGGCAACACACCUGUGUUUCCGAGCGCCGGCUGGAGACACGACUCUCUCUUUGUGUGUGUAUGAAUGUGUCCUGAUGAAGGAUGCACGUAACACACACUCGUGUCUCUGGUUUGGGGUCUGGUGACCCGUCUGACCCGCGGUGCUCCUGCGUGUCCUCGGAGACAGGAGUGAGACGUCGCCACCUGGAGGUGAGCUGGGGCAUUAUGGGUAAUCCCAGAGGAGGAGUGUGUCCUCCCGCACACACACACACACACACACACACCGCCUGCAGUGCAACUGCUGUCUCCUCUGAUCUGAGCUGACACGUCCCUCCAGCAGUGUGUGUGUGUGUAUGUGUCUUAUCUUUAAGCAGAAACAUGUGACAAAGUGAGCAUUUUCCAGUGUGUUUAUAUAUAACCAGUAAGCAACCCAACCUCGAAUGCUGUGUCUGAAUCCUGACUUGAACAUCUCUCUCUCUCCCAUAUUUCUCCUCCGAGCUGCUCGCAGAGCCCUGACUUUAAGGACACUGGGUUGAUUUAUUCAUGCCUCUCUUCUGGUUUAGUGGAACUUCUGAUGGCUUGACACAGAUCUGCACUUUGCUGUGGUGUGUGCUGUCCUCGCUGCAUGUGCUGGCCGCAGGAGAGACGCGUGCAUGUUCUCCUGACGCCUGUCAGCUCCGCUCACGUCCAGGAUCUCACACCGGAGAGUUUAGCAGGGCAUCUCCAAACCUUUAAAACCCAACACGCUUGCAUGGGCAGAGAGCUCUCUUUCUCCUGUGAUCUCAAGUGUCGUGUCCUCUAGAGACACAGAAGAGAUCUCUGGUAUCUCAUGGCAAACCUGAGCACAAUGUGAGAACGACUGAGAUCUCAAUAUGAACUCUGGGACUGUGACGUUUUUAUUUCUCUCAAGCUCCGACUGGAUGUUGGAGACCCAGUCCACGAGCGUCUGAUGAGGGCUGAACCCCACCAGCCAAUCAGCUCUCGCGUUACGCCAACAGACGUGGCGGCCCGGCCAAUCACAGCGAGGACGUGGCAGAGGUGGGCGGGGCCUGAGUGCUGGAGUGUCUGUGUUCUGGAGCGAGUGCUCACAGAGAUAGAGAGAGAGAGGACAGACAACGCUCCGUCUGUGUGUUUGACUCUGCUGCGCGUCUCUCUCACUGCAGCUCUCUCUCUGUGUGUGUGUGUGUGUGUGUGUGUUCAUGUGUGCCGGCAGAGGCUGCGUCGCUCCUUCAUCACCAUCAUCUUCAUCAGUGAAUUCACAGCAUCGGCACACGAUCCCGCUCAUCUGUUGCCGUGGUGAUGGGCUGUCGACUGUCAUGGCCGUGGAUGGGCGACAGGAUGGGGGUGCACGGUCAGGAUCUGACCCGCCUGCAGAAGCAAGAGGCCUUCCGUAUCCUGGCCAGCUACGAGCAGCCAAUCACGCUUCAGAUUGAGGGCCGGGGGCGGAGCCUGCAGUAUAACAGGACGACGGACUGCAGCACGCAGACGGAGCGACCGUGGGAUCCUCUCCGUCCGCACUCGUGCACCCUGCCACGACUGCCUCCUUCGGACAGGACGUACUACAAUCACAUGACCCUGCCCGGCACCCAUAGAGACGGAAGCAGAUACGAGUACCUACCAAACGUGCCCAGAGACCCAGAGCACAGAGAACGCCUGGCCUACAAUGACUCAGAGUUCUCCAGCGGCGUGUCUCCGGCACAAAACUGUCUGAUCAGAUGCUGUAACGCCAACCUGGAGGAACCCAGAAGUUUCCAGAGUCAGACUGAUGACGAUGACUACAUGAUGGAGAAACCGCUGGGUUACCUGCCUCUUCACCAUGAGCUGGACAGUGGGCUCGGCUGGACGGAUGGUAGUUUCCACCAGGGGGAGCUGUCGGGGGUGGAGACGGAGGAGGGGCUUGAGGAAUGCCACGGUCACGGCCGGGGCGGGUCGCCAUCGUCCGAGUCAUUCAUCUCGUCUGAACUUAGCGACUCUGGUUUUUACAGUGUCAGCACCGGCGAGUUUAUGCGCUUCCAGCGUCUGCUCGAGAAACGCAUGCGCCAUUACAACGCCCGCAUGCACCACCAGGGGGAGCCCUGUUCCCGUGAGCGGCGGGAUAGUCAGAUAAAACACCCCCUAGAGGCCAUCCCCGAAACGCUGACGGUCCAGCCUCAAAACGUCUGCGUGCCCGUCCUGGGAUCGCGAGGUCUGUCGCGCGUGUCGUCUGUGCAGUACCGUAAAGUGGAGCGGCCGUGUUUGAACAGGCACAGCUCCAGCAGCGGCUCGCUGUUCAAUCCCGCACUGUACUCCACCUGCAGUACGCCCUCCGGCCAGCGACGGCUGCCACCUCAUCCGAGUUCUACGGGAAUGCUGAGAAGAAGCAGGACACUGCAUCACCGUCCUGCACCCAUGGAGUACCGCAGACGGGCGAGUCACCCAGCCUCGCCCAACUACUGUAGCGGCACGCUGCAUCCCUGCGGCCACAGAGUCGACCCGCCCAUGAAUCUACCCGAGGAGACGGACUUGGCACUUAUGCACACCGCCAAUCGCCCAGCACACCCUGUUGUACUCCCCACUGCACACCCUACACAGACUGUACACGCUACACAUGCAAUGAGUCAACCGUCUCUGAUCUCUCCAGCUGAUGAGCACUGCUAUAUCCCUCCAGAUCUCCAUGACAGCAGCAGGAUCCGAGCAUCCACCGAACCUCAGCUACAGAACAGCUUUGUGACCCAACAGCCGCCCAUCUGGCAAAGGGACGGGCGUUUCCACACCCUAAGCCACACGCCCAGUCAGGAUGCCAAUGACACUUGGCCCAAACCCGCCAACCGUGCAGGCUCAGGGGGCGGAGGCGGUCUCUACAGCACCUUGGAGGGCCACACACCCACUGCUGCCAUCAGGAAACCUUCCGCCGGGAACCUGCGGGCCUUAAGAAACCAGAUGCUGCGGGAUAGAGCAUCCCGUCUGGCGGACGAGCGUAGCGGCAUGAGCACGGAUGAAGAGAGUCACAGCGAGGUCCGAAUGGGUCGCUACUGGAGCCGCACUGAGCGCCGCGAACACAUGCUGCAGAAACAGCGACAGCUGCAGGCUAGAAGCGGCGGCGGCAUAGCCGCGUCAGGAUUGGUGCAUAGCGGCGGAGUCUUGGGAGGAACUAUUGGAGACAGUUGUAGUACCCUUCUUGAGCUGAGCCAGAGGAAACUUAGUCGUCUAAGGACCCGGAAGCUGCUGGACGACUGGACCACCGUAGAGGAACUCCUAACGCACGGAACGCGCCUGGGUCCCAGCGAAGAUGCCCGGCAGCUGCCUACGUCGUUGCUCACCGUCACAACCGUAUAGCGACACCCACCUAGCGUGUGUUUAGACUGACGUGUGUGUGUUUGUGUGUGUUGGACCAGCCGCACUACACAAAGCUACCUCCUGACAUUGAGGUUUACUGUAGAUACAGACGUUUCCGAGCACCGUAGUACAUUGAUUUUUAAAUGUUAUGUUUGCAGUAUCUUGUUUUGCAUUGUGUUGUGAAGAGAUGAUUCAUUAGGAAGAGAAUUCACUGCAGUUUGAUUCGACCGCGUGAAGCAAUACAACAGAGACCGACGCCAGGCAAAGCGGAUUUCAUUUGGUGCCAAGAAAAGUUUACGUUACGGAUCAUUUUAAGGUGGUGCUAAACGAGAGAUUCAUUCCUUCAACAUUAUUUGCAACUAGCUUAUAAACGACAUCUGAAUUACGUCACUUUUGCACAAAAACACAAAACAAAAAACUAAUCCCUUUCUGACUGUCUUCCUCUAGCUAAUUUGUGGCAUUAGCACAGCCCCAAUUUUCAAUCAUGAACCUGAUUCUCUGGGAAUAAUAUUGGAUAAUCUAUCGAUGGAUCACGAGUCGCCGCGAUUGGGUGUGCAGGGUCAUGCUGGAGAUCGGGCAGCGGAAACAUGAGCGUGUGUUGUGAAUGUGUGCGGGUUCUUGCACUAUAACUGUAGUUCUGUAGAGUAUUUUUAAAGCUAUUUUUCUUGUGCUCUUCACAAUUGAUGUCACGAAAAGAAACAAAGAACUUUUAUAAAGAUUCAAACAAGAAUUAUUAGUAGUGUUAAUUUGGAGAGACAGAUGAGGCGCUGAGCUGUGGGUGUUUUUUUUUUUUUUAUGUGCAAAUGUCAGAUAUUUUCUGCACACCGUUCCUUAAAUUAUGGGGUUUCAAUUCACAACGAGCCUCGUGAAACGCCAGCAGAAUUAAUUCUGGAAAUUGAUAAAAGUGAUAGCAGUUAUCAAACGGUGUUCUGAAUGAUUUAAUCAAAGUAGUUCUGAUCGCAUUUCAUGAACGAAACCUAAUUAUUUUUUAUUAAUUAAGCAGAAAAUCAGGAUUUUUCCCACCUGCACUAUUGUGGUGCACAAGGAGCACUGGGGUGUUUACAAUUUUCCCUCACAACUGUGACUCUGCGGCACAUCUCGCGCUCGCGCCCUCGUUUCUGAGGUGAAAUCACGUCAUUUCCACCGUGAGUCAAGCGCCGUGAAUAAUGGAUGUGAACGGAUGGAACAUUAACAGAAAAACUGCCUCUCAUUGGAUUUUGCUCGUUUCCACUUUUAGAAAUCACUUUCUUGGAAUAUGAUGUACAUGUGGUUGUAAUAAAGAUGAGAUUUUAAUUAGCUAC